AAACCAUCAUCAUACCCGCAACCAUUUGUCAGUCGAUUGUGAGUCGCCGCAAGAAGAGCUACAACAAGUUUGGCUGGGUGGGCUGUCAUUAACCAUUUCGCGAUGGUAAACGGGGACAACAUUUUCCCGCUAGUGCUGCUGGUGUUGCAAUGCUUUCUGGUCGGCAUCCGGACAACGCCAACCGGUUCUAAGCCAUUCCUCAUCUCACCGGACGCGGUGAACCGCCAUUGUGGCUAUGAGGGUUGUCCGGCAGUGAAGGAAGGCAUGCUGAAUGUGCAUCUGGUCGCUCAUACGCACGAUGAUGUUGGAUGGCUUAAAACGGUGGAUCAAUACUACUAUGGAAGUAGAAGCACCAUCCAAAAGGCGGGCGUUCAGUACAUUCUUGACUCGGUCAUCCAGGAGCUGUUGAAGGAUGCCGCGCGAAGGUUCAUAUUUGUGGAGUCUGCGUUCAUGCAUAAAUGGUACACCGAGCAGAGUGAAGAGAUGCGCCAAACGGUGAGGGAUCUGGUUUCGGAAGGACGGCUAGAGUUCAUCGGUGGCGCGUGGAGCAUGAAUGAUGAGGCUGCUGUUCACUAUCAGAGUGUCAUCGAUCAGUUUACGUGGGGUUUGAGGUUCUUGAACGAUACGUUCGGUGAGUGUGGACGGCCGAGGGCGGGCUGGCAGAUUGAUCCGUUUGGGCACUCGCGGGAGCAAGGGUCACUGUUCGUGCAGAUGGGGUACGAUGGGUUAUUCCAGGGACGGUUGGACUUUCAGGAUAAGAGCAAUCGGAUCGCAAACAGAACGAUGGAGAUGAUGUGGAAGACGAGCGACAGUCUGGAGCAGAGUGAACUGUUUACCAGCGGUCUUUACUACAUCUAUGCACCACCGCCUGGCUUUUGUUUUGAUGUGCUGUGUAACGAUGAUCCGAUCAUUGAUGGGCCGUAUUCGGCGGAUAACAAUGUCAAAGAGAAGGUGGAUCUGUUCCUGGACACAGUGCACAACAUGUCCAAAACAUUUUUAACGAACAACAUCAUUCUUACAAUGGGUGAAGACUUCCAUUAUCAGGAUGCAAAUAUGUGGUUCAAAAAUUUGGAUAAACUCAUAAGAUACACAAAUCAACGUCAAUCGGAAGGAUCCAUGGUGAAUGUGUUCUACUCCUCGCCUUCCUGCUAUCUGAAAGCGGUUAAUGAAGCAAAUGUGUAUUGGCCCACCAAGUCAGAUGAUUUCUUCCCCUACGCAUCGGAUCCUACCGCCUUUUGGACGGGUUACUUCACUUCUCGACCCACCCAGAAGCGGUAUGAACGUGAAGGAAACCAUUUCCUGCAGGUUUGUAAACAAUUGUCCGCUAUUGCUCCAAUGAAAGAAUCGUUCUACGAGUCCCAUCUGACUGCACUUCGCGAGGUGAUGGGAGUGAUGCAGCAUCAUGAUGCGAUCACUGGCACUGAGAAGCAACACGUCGCUGACGACUAUGCUCGCAUGCUGUACGAAGCCUUUGAGGCUUGCAGUGCCAACACUCGCUCGGCACUGAACCAGCUGACUGGUGAACGAGAUAGCUUCAAGUUUGACUGGGGAUACUGUAAGCAAGCGAACGUGAGCGCUUGUGCAAUGACCGAGAGUUCGGAUAACCUGGUGGUUCUACUGUACAACGCACUCGGGCACAGCACGAAUGAUUUCGUGCGACUACCGGUAAAGGAAGGCAACUAUCUGGUACGAAACGAUCGUGGCCAAACGGUACGAUCGACGUUGAUUCCGAUUCCGGGCUCGGUGAUAGAUCUUCCGUUCCGAGAGAGCGAGGCCACCCAUGAGCUUGUGUUCCAAGGAGAACAGGUCGCUCCCGUCGGCUACAAGUCGUACUACGUGUCGAAGGAAGAGUCGAAGAGCUCGUCGUCCGCUGCAGUAAUGCGUCAGGAGGAUAAUGUGAGCAUAGGGAACGAUCAUUUGACGGUUCAUUUCGAUGAGAACGGCUUCAUGAGCCAGAUCACGAUUGAUGGAGAAACUCAUCCGAUGAAGCAGAACUUCUUGUAUUAUGAAGGAGCGUAUGGAAACAACGAGGAGUUCCGUAACCGCUCUUCUGGGGCGUACAUCUUCCGACCGAACGGAACCGAGAAGGCCGUGACUGAUGUUGUGGAGAUUCAGGUGGUGAAGAGUGAUCUGGUGCAGGAGGUGCAUCAAAUAUUCAACGAGUGGAUCAGCCAGGUGAUUCGAGUGUAUGCCGGACAGGAACAUGUGGAGCUAGAAUGGCUGGUGGGUCCGAUCCCGAUCGACGAUAGCAAGGGUAAGGAAAUAAUCUCUCGCUUUGAGUCGGACAUCAAGAGUGAAGGGACGUUCUGGACGGACUCGAACGGACGAGAAAUGCUUCGCCGUGUGCGAAACCAUCGCGAUACAUGGGAACUGGAGUUAUCAGAACCGGUUCCAGGAAACUAUUUCCCAGUGACAGCUAAAAUUACCAUUGAAGAUGAACGACACCGGCUGAGCGUGCUGAACGAUCGUGCACAGGGUGGUUCCAGCUUGGUUGACGGUCAGCUUGAGCUGAUGGUCCACCGUCGAUUGCUUCGUGAUGAUCGAUUCGGUGUGGGGGAAGCACUAAACGAAACACAGUUCAACAACGGUCUGGUUGCUCGCGGUAAGCACUGGCUUAUGUUCGGUUGUUCUCCAAUUACCAACGCAGGCACUCCAACGCAAGCUGCAAAGGAACGGUUCCUGCAAAAUAAGGUUCAUCUGCCGUCGUGGGUGUUUGUGGCACCUUCGACGGACUUUACCUUCGAUCAGUAUCUUACCGAACUUGUGCACAAUUUUACCUUCCUUUCGGAAUCUUUGCCACCGAAUGUGCAUCUUCUAACCGUGGAACCUUGGAAGGAUGAUACGAUGUUGUUAAGAUUUGAGCAUUUGUUCGAAAAGGGCGAAGAUAGCCAAUAUUCACUGCCAAUUCAGAUAAACGUUCAGGAUUUGUUUGUGAACGUGAAUGUGGUUAGUCUUCGCGAAACUACGUUGGCCGGUAAUCAAUGUUACCUUUCUCACUUCUAA